GGAGGGACACGUGUCGGUAGAAGUGGAGCUCCGAAUUUUGGCGCGUUCGCAUGUCGUAGUUCUAGAACGCGGGCCCGGAUCCGGACGCGUUCCAUCGGUGCGGAGCCGCCGCCAGCCUGCACCUUCCCUGCACUUGGCUCAACACCCCCGUCUGCGAAGAGCAGCAUUUCACCAUCCCUGCCGCUCCGCUCCUCACCUACUUGGCCGAGGUCGACGUAAGGAGGACCCGACAGUCACCGAAGAGCCUCGGCUCCCUCCGUCACUGGCGCACUGGCUGGCAAACAAAUGCAUUAAAAUCCAAAUCCGGACACGCACAAAUGCCUGGUGUGCUUUUCCAGUCGUAGCGCAAGGACAGGAGCUGUUUUUUUUCUCUCUCUCGGCCUGUAGUUUUAUUUUUUGCGUUUCACGAAUGUGACUACCCAAAGAUCAUCUACUUCCGCACAGGCCUGUAUCGCAAAGUGCAAGAUGGCGGCGCCUGGCAAUGAAGAGGAACUAACGCAAGACCAGACAGAGAAACUGUUGCAGUUUCAGGACUUGACUGGUAUUGAUUCAAUGGACCAAUGUCGACGCACACUGGAACAGCAUCAUUGGAAUAUUGAGGCAGCUGUUCAGGAUAGGCUAAAUGAGCAAGAAGGAGUUCCCAGUGUCUUCAAUCCACCUUCUUCUCGUCCGCUUCAGGUCCACACAGCUGACCACAGGGUGUAUAGUUAUGUAGUUUCAAGGCCACAGCCCAGGGGUCUCUUAGGAUGGAGUUAUUACUUGAUAAUGCUUCCAUUCCGAUUCACCUAUUACACGCUACUGGACAUUUUUAGGUUUGCUAUACGAUUUAUUCGGCCAGAUCCUCGGAGCCGAGUUACUGACCCGGUUGGAGAUGUAGUUGCAUUUGUUCGGAAUUUUGAGGAACAAUAUGGAAGGAUCCAUCCUGUCUUUUAUCAAGGAACGUACAGUCAGGCUCUGAAUGAUGCCAAACGGGAGCUUCGUUAUUUAUUAGUUUAUCUUCAUGGAGAUGAUCAUCAGGACACAGAUGAGUUUUGUCGUAAUACGAUGUGCUCUCCAGAAGUUGUAAACUUCAUCAACACCAGGAUGCUUUUCUGGGCCUGUACCACUAGUAAGCCGGAAGGCUAUAGAGUAUCGCAAGCUUUACGAGAGAAUACCUAUCCUUUCCUGGCAAUGAUUAUGUUGAAAGAACAAAGGAUGACGGUAGUCGGUCGUUUGGAAGGUCUUCUUCAGCCGGAAGACUUUGUCAAUCAGCUGACAUUUAUUAUGGAUGCUAAUGCGACAUAUUUGGUUUCGGAGCGACUUGAUAGAGAGGAGAGGAAUCAAACACAAGUGUUGAGGCAGCAGCAAGAUGAAGCCUAUUUAGCUUCACUUCGUGCUGAUCAGGAAAAAGAAAGAAAGAGAAAGGAAGAACUAGAAAAAAGGAGAAAGGCGGAAGAGGAUAUCAGGCAACAGAUUCUCGCCGAAGAAAGAAGACAACGAAGUUUGCAGGAUGAGAAAGAACGCAAGUCGGAAUGUCUUCCCCCUGAGCCUUUUUCAGAGCAUCCAGACAGUGUUAAAAUUGUCUUUAAGUUGCCAAAUGAUACUCGAGUGGAGCGACGAUUUCUAUUUACAGAGUCAUUAACAGUAAUAUAUGACUUUUUGUUUUCCUUGAAAGAAACUCCCGAGAAAUUUCAAAUAGUUGCAAACUUUCCACGUAGAGUUCUCCCUUGCUUGCCCACGGAGAAGGAGCCAAACCCCCCCACUCUGCAGCAGGCGGGAUUGAGCCGCUGUGAAGUCUUGUUUGUUCAAGAUCUUACUGAUGAUUGAACCGGGCACCACCUGAAGUUUCAAUAGCUGCACAAUGUAAAGGAUUGCAGAGACUUUUUCACAAAUGAGCCAGGUUUCUGCUGCACAUGUUGGCAAAGGUCUAUGCAGUUGGGUUGCUCGUCACUUCCUGGGAUGAACUGUGCUGUCUUAUCAAUAUUCUACUUUUAAAACAAAAACAAACCUGAAAUGUUGAGCAGUUUUCCAUCAGAAGAUAUAAAAUUAAAUGAACCCAUUGCUCCACACAGAUUGCACCAUGGAGAGUCCCAACACCUUUUGCUGGUUUUGUUUCCCCCCCACUUAUAUUUAUGUUGUAUUUCUAUUAAAAAAAAAAGGUAAAAAUAGACCAAAGGAGGGUUGGCAGUUAUUGAAUUAUUGGAACCUGAAUUGGUUUAAGUUCUUAUUACCAUGGCCUUUGCUAUGGUGAAGCCUCAGUAAGUAGUUUGUCAGCCUAUAGUGCCUGUGGUAACUAGAGCUUGCUCCCUGUUUAAUAUCUGAGCAGCCUUGUCGUCCUCGAGGUGUAAUUUAUUCCAACAGUUUAAAUUAAAACUGUUUUAGAAUUUUAUUGUGUUGAAUCAUUUUUGUAUGCAUAGAUUUGUUUUUUUAACCAUUUUCUGUAACUUAAUUAUCUGAUAGUAGCCAUUCACAGUGCACCGAGUAGUCAAAUUUGAUGAGCAUUAAAAGUCUAUAUUAUCUUCACCCACU